UUGUUUUUGAUGCUUUUUAAAAGUUUUUCUUAUAUGUUUCCCUUAAAGUAUUAUCUUAAAGUUUAUCUGAAAGUUUGUUUUAAUGGGUGUUUUAAUGUUUGUUUGGAUGUUUGUUUGUUUAAAUGUUUGUUUGUUUGGAUGUUUGUUUGUUUAAAUGUUUGUUUGCUUAAAUGUUUGUCUAAAUGUUUGUUUGUUCUGAUGUUUGUCUGUUUAGAUGUUUGUUAGUCUAAAUGUUUGUCUGUUUAGAUGUUUAGUUUAAUGUUUGUUUGUUUAAAUGUUUGUUUGCUUAAAUGUUUGUCUAAAUGUUUGUUUAGAUCAACCAAUCCAAAAUGCCUUCAAUCUUCCUCUUCCUCUCCGUAUUAUGCCAUAUGGAAUUGUUGCUGCUGCAGUCGGUGUCGCUUCUUAUUUUGUUCUGUGUGCUGUGAAUCCGUUUGGGAUCCGUAAACUGAAGGGGAAGGAAAAGAAUUGAGAAAAUGAAGAGAGAAAAUAAUUCAAAAAUUCUAUAGGCGAUAUAUUC